CUGGUAUGUGUAGGCUACCGGUAAAGCAAUAUGGCGGCUCAAGGAGUAGACUUGCUGUCAACAGGAAUAAUAGAGAAAGAUGUAAAUGGAGAUGUAUUAUGGACUUGGUCAUACCCGUCAUUGACAACAAUACAGAGAGAAUUAUUUCUACACAAAUGUGGUUUAUGUAAAGACUCUGUUCACCAUUUACAGUUUAUCUUUAGUAGAUUACAGUAUACAUGGUUUUAUAUUUAUACAACUUAUCUAGAAGAUGACACAGAGAGUAGACUUAAAGAUGUAACAGCUUUUUCACUAGUGUUGGUAACUAAAGAUUUUAAUCCAGAAAGAUAUGAAACUCUCUGUCGUUUAUUUUCUCAUCAAUAUGCUCAAACAGGAAAUCCUGCCUCUGUUCUAGAAAAUUAUUUAUCUGUAAUGACAAGAGGUAUUUGUGUUAAUGGUGAAAAUGGUAAAUUUUCGUUAAAAGAAUUUGAUACCAUACAAGCCUAUGCUAAAAGUCAGCUUAGAUUGGUAAUUGAUACGUUUGGUGUAGAGAGUAUUUUAAUUUAUACAGCAUUAUUGUUAAAGAAGAGACUUGUUAUAUACUGUCCUUCACUACAGGAUUUACUUCUAUAUACACGCGCAUUACCAGCUUUUGCAUGGCACAGACAGAACUGGGGUAUUGUUUAUCCAUAUUUAGAAUUAAGAGAUGAAGAAUUAAGUAUGUUAAAAUCAUCUAGUCAUUAUGUUGCUGGAUUUACUGAUGCUGCUGUAGAGGGCAGAUCAGAAUUAUAUGAUGUGUUUGUUAAUGUUCCUACUAACCAAAUAAUAAUAGCACAACAAGCUAAAGAGUCUUUAGCAAUGGGUAAAUUACAUAAAGAUAUUGCAAUGGUCAUGGUUCAAGCUGCAGAAAAUAUUGAAAAUUCAGGGCAGGACAUCAUUAAAGUGAUAACUAAUAAAACCAAAGAUUUACUGAACAAUUUAAAAUCAUUAGCAGUGGAGGAUGAUUCAGGAAAGUCAAAUAUUACAUUAGAAACAUUACAUGAAAGAAAGAUGCCACCUGCAACUGAAAACUUUUUAUUUAGUCUAGCUGUCUGUGAAGGAUUUGUACAAUUAUAACCCAAUAGUAAAACUAUUAAAAGACAAUAAGAUAAUCAUUUUCUACAGCUAUAAAGUUGCCAUAAAGUAUAUAAAAAUAUUAAUUGGUUGUUUUAAAGAAAUUGAUAGAAUGACCAUCCAAGGCAGAUGUUAAAAUAUCCAUUUAAUAAAAAAGAAAAAUAUUAAUAUUGCCUUAUAGCCAUUUUAAAGCAAGCCAACAGUGACUUGAGGCUGAUGUCCCCCGCCGAUAUCCCAAAAUAAAUAGAUGACACAUACUAAUUAAUUUCACAUUUAUCUUUUUGAAAAGUAUCGAACAAUCAAACUGAUUAUCUAAUCUUAGUAUAAGCAGAAAAUGUUCACGAUCGAACUCAGUCAAGGUUUUGAACUACCUGGUAGUGAAACUAUACACUAAUUUUCAUCACUCUCAAUCAGUUAGUUAUCUUGUCCCAAAGCACUGACCAAUGAAAUUGCUUAGCUCUUAUUAGCUGGAGUGGACAAUGUUAAUCAUCAAACCCAGUCAAGACAUUCAGCUAAUGAACAUCUACACCAAGUUUAAACAUUCUACCACAAUUAAAAGCAGAGCUGCUAUGUUCCAAAGUCUUGACCAAUCAAAUUAUUAAUUAGGCUAAGCAGAAAAUUCUCACCAUCUCAGUAAGCACUUGACUAAAAAUAUACAAUGAUUCAAUGCUAUUAAUGACAAUCAUCAGACUUCUAUAGUAAAACAAUGUCAUUUCAACUUUUUCAUCUUGGGCUCUGUGUGUGGAUUGAACCGAAAACAUUGAUCCGGUGUUGUCAUGUUGAUGUUAUGUUGUUGUAAAAUAUUAAAAUUAAUCUAUAAUAAUUCAAUCACGAAUCUGCAUCAGUCAACUGUGUGAUUUGGGGUAUUUUUUUGGUUGAAACUGAGAACAUUGUUAUCGUAUUUAUUUCGACCUAAAGUCCAACAUUUCAACUGAAGUUGCUUUAUACACAUUGAAUCAAUGUUGUUACUUUGUUAGUGUAACAAUUAUUCUCAAUGUUGACAAUGCAAUAUUAAUUUUAUUCAAUGUAAGGCUAGGGACACUGACUAUUGCUUCUAGUCACGGGUAACCGAAAAAGUAUUUGCUCAACACUCUUGAGAAGGCCAUACUGAUUCAAUGUCACUUGGGUGAACCCGAUUUAUUUUAUUUUUAUUAUUCAAGCUCGCUUGAAAACGGUAAUUAUCACUAAUUGGCCAGUGUAAGCUUGACCGGUUUGUCUCUAUAGCAGUGUUCCCAUGCCUGUAUGCCUGAGCAGAAAGUGCUGGUGUACUGUAAUUAGAAUCAAAGUUAUCGAGCAACAAAGUCUUGGCCUAUCCAAUUGCUUAUCGCUCUGUUUACCAUGCAUGGGUCGAAAAUGCCCAUUAUCGAACUUAGUCAAGGUCAUUCACCAAGUUUGAAAAUUCUAGCUAAUUAGGAGAGUUAAUGUGUCCCAAAUAGUGUGAACCAAUUUUAAUAGUCCCCUGCUUAUUUCGUGUGUGUGUGUGCGCGUGUGCGUGUGUGUGUUCGUUCUAGCUAAUUAGGAGUGAGAGAGAAAAUUCUAGCUAAUUAGGAGAGUUAAUGUGUCCCAAAUAGUGUGAACCAAUUUUAAUAGUCCCCUGCUUAUUUAGAGAGAGAGAGAGAGAGAGAGAGAGAGCCUCGGUAUCCCCAGUGGUUUCAUUCCGUAGACUAGGACAUAUAUAGAUAGAUGUCAAUGAUCCAGGCAUCCUCGGUAUCCCCAGUGGUUUAAUUCCGUUUUACUCCACUAACCCCUGGGUUAAUCUGGGGGGGGGGGGGGCACGUUUUCAAGUUAUCCGCCCUUGAUGAUUGUGCUAUUUUUAUCGACCAAUCCCAAAAAUCGUUAAAUGAAAAAGAAGUUUUCGUAAAGGGAAGUAACAAGUCCUCUGUUUUAUUUUACACAUGGAACUUAAGUAUGCAAAGUCCUAAUACGAUGGGUGCGUAUCAACGCCCUUAAUUACAUCUAUUAUUAUCAAAUACAUAUUUUUCAUAUUCCGAAAAUUGCUCAAAUUGAUUAUUUGUUUUGAUUAAUUUUUCUAAAUUUCAUACAAUCAUUGAAGUUCUUAAGACUAAUUCUUGGAACAUUUGCAUAUAAGAAAGCAAAUUCUUUGUAAAUACUUUUUGUGUUAUUGGACUUGGUUGCUUGUAUAGCCAAAUAGUCUUUAGUAUUGAAGAAAUUAUUAAAGGAUGAAGUGACCUAUAGUCUGCAAUAUUAAAUUAUCUUUGAAAAUACAGAAGGUAAUAUAUUUUAUAAUAUAAUAUUAAUAUUAGGUUAUAAAUCUAUUGAUUUUAUGUAAAUAACAUGUAUAUAUAAAGUAUUCUCAAUAUAUAAAGACAUUGUAUGAAAAUAUUAAACUAUGUAAAACUC